CUAAACAGCACUAAACGUAGCUUGACGGAGUUUGGUACAAAUAGCCUUCUAAAUGCCUCCUAAGACAAAAGCAAAGAUAACGGAUUUCUUUAAGGGAUCGAAAAGGCCGAAAGACGACUCUGAUUCAGACGAGGAGGACAUCAAACCAAGCAAGGCUGCCAAGAAGGACAGUGGUGCCUCGGGAUCAGGAGGUUAUGAUUCUUCGAGUGAUGUGGAUUUUAACUUUAAAAUUGUUUCAUGGAAUGUUAAUGGAGUGAAAGCUUGGUUGAAAUGCAAACCAAGCACUUUUGUCUCAAGAGAGAAGCCUGACUUAAUCUGUCUACAAGAGAUCAAAUGUGAUGAAGACAAGUUUCCAUCGGAAGCUGAGUUCAAGGGAUACAAUGUCUAUUUGAACUCUGCUGAUCAAAAGGGAUAUGCUGGUACAGGAAUUCUAAGUAAAACAGAGCCAUUGGAAGUGAAGUACGGCAUUGGUAAAAAAGAACACGACAACGAAGGUCGUGUAAUCACAGCAGAAUAUAAAAAGUUUUAUCUUGUUAAUGCAUAUGUGCCCAACUCUGGACGUGGAUUACCAAGAUUAGACUACAGACAAGAUUGGGACAAGGACUUCACAUCGUAUUUGAAAAGACUGGACAAGAAGAAGCCUGUCAUACUAUGUGGAGACUUGAAUGUGGCUCACAAAGAAAUAGAUCUUGCUAACCCUGGCHCAAACAAAAGGACAGCGGGUUUCACCAUAGAAGAAAGAGAUGGAUUCACCAAACUGCUCAGCCAAGGUUUCGUCGAUACGUUCAGAGAGUUAUACCCCGACAAGAAGAAUGCGUACUCAUUCUGGACGUAUAUGAGAAACGCAAGAGCGAAGAAUGUUGGAUGGCGACUAGACUACUUUGUAGUGUCUGAAAGGUUCCUUGGCAAAGUCAGCGAUAGUGUCAUUAAGACUAGAGUUAUGGGUAGUGACCAUUGUCCAAUAUCACUGUUACUUUCUAUUUAAGACGGAAACGUACUUCAUCUGUGAUGGCUAUUAAAGUUAGGGUUAUAGGUAGCGCCCGUUGCGUUGUGCUAUGUCAGUGUUACUGUCUAUUUGGAUUGAACAUAGAAUAAACGUACUUAUCUGUGAUGAUGGCUAAGUCAGGGUUAUUCGGUAGCUAAACUUAGAAUAAAAAAAAACAAAGUUAGCGUAAGCUGGCAAGUCAACGCAGGCCCUGAUGGCGCCAUUAAAUUCUUUUUGUUUAGUGUCUGUAAUACCGUCAACAAUAUGGCCGAUGAUGGUGAUUAAACAUCGUUAUCCAGAAAAAAAUACAGACGUAAUUCCAGACGUCUGUUUACUUGUAUUCCGGGUUAAGUGUCUUUAGAAAUGUUCCAUUGAUAUAUGAUUAUGUUGACAUUGUCAGUUCUAUUUUAAGUUGUUAAUAAAGGCAAUUACUUUUCUGGA